GGGGACAGGAACCGGGCCAUGGAAGAUCCUUUGGGGACUCGCGAGUCCCGGGCCCGUCCGAGAGAGCGAGACCGAGAGCGGCGCCCGCACUCGGACCGAGACCGCCACGUCGAGCGGCCGCGGGACAGAACCGGGGACAGACACAGGGAGAGGAAUGGUGACGUGAGAGGAAACGGGGACCGUCGAGCGGGCAGGGAAAGGAGGACGGACAGAGACCCGCGCCAGGACGGACACAGGGACGCGGGCCAUCGUGCAGCUGAACAAAGAGCCUGGGACAGGCCCCUCCAAAGCCGUGCGCGGCCCGAGCCCUGGGUGCCCAGCUGGGACACAGCCCCCACCCCCAGGCCCGCGCCCUGGGGGGGGCCGGAGCCGCCGCGGAAGCAGGGCCUCGGGCGCCGCGGGUUGGACAGUGAACUUGCUUCGGAGAGAUAUGUGUCCCUGCACUCCCAGCCUGAACGACAGGAAGAGGAAGAUUACAAGUCCGAAGCCGAGGGGCUCUUGGAAUGCCACCAAUGCAAAUAUUUGUGCUCGGGGAGAGGUGUGGUGCAGAUAGUGGAGGUGAUUUUGAAUGGCAUGGUUCUCAUAUGCAUCGUGGCUUCCUACUUUGUCCUGGCCGGAUUCAGCGCCAGCUUUACCAGCGGCAGUGGCUUCGGGAAUAACUACUACUCCCCUUUUGAGGGUACAGAACUGGAGCAGGUUCGGCAGCUGGACCAGCGGUACACGAUCCUGCGGUCGCCCCUGAUCUAUGGCGGCGUGGCUGUUUCCCUAGGACUGGGCGUCCUCACGAUGGGCGUUUUACUGAAGGGAGCCAAGAGUCUAAGGAAGCUCUCUGGGAGGUGGCUGCUGUCAGAGGCAACCUUCAGCCUCUUGGCCGCAGUAGGUUACUGUGUGGGCGUUGGCUUUUACCUGUACGGUGCACUGAGCAUCAAUUCCACAGACACUUGCAAAAACAGAGAGAGGCUCUAUGCCCGUAAGGGUCUCACCUGGAUGAACUGCCAGCUGGCGGGCACGGAUGGGGCAGCGGCCACCUUCGCUUGUCUUCUGGUGAUUAUGUACACAGCCAGCGUGGUGCUGGCCCUGCGGGGCUACCGAGAACAGAAGCGCUACAAAGCCAGCCAGGAACAGCACAGAAAUUACAUUGAUGUCCCAGAAUAUGUGUGGUCUGAGACGCUCUAAGGAGAUCUGGAACUCUCCUUUGUUCCUCUCCUACAAGCACUUGAGUAGACAAGCUCCCCGAGGCACCUGAGCAGAGUUAAGUUGUAAAAGUCUGUUGGGGGAGGGGAGAUCAUAUUUGUUGAAAAAAGCCAUCUGGCAGGCUGGGUAUGCCCUUGUGGUAGGGCUCUUGCCAUGUGGUGAGGCGAUAGUAUUAAGUAGGAGACUAGCCAAAGAAAUUCUGAGGACUGAGGACGCAUUCUGCGUGUACAGAGAGCUAUAGUAGACAUCCUCCCUCCUCUGUGAAUGGCAGUUUUCAGGGCUGGAGAGAUGGCUCAGCUGUUAAAGGCACUGGCCACUGGUACAGAGGAUCCAGGUUCCCUUCCCAGCACCCCCGUGUCUCACAACAGUUCACAAUUCCUCUUCUGAACUCCAGGGGCACAGCACAAACAUGGUGCACAUACAUACGCGCAGGCAAACACUCAUGCAUAAAAUAAAAAAUCAUCUUUUUUUAAAGGGCAACAGCACACUGUUGUAGUUGGCAGUUGUGGGGUCGGGUUCCAAUGAGUAACUGUUUUUCUCUCCUUCCCAGAGGGAGCUGCUCUGUUGUUAGAGGGUCCCAUCCAUGGCAGUUCUCCAGAGAUGGAAGAGGGGUUGGGCUACUUACACAGGAAGGAAGAUGCUUUUAGCAUGGUCCUCUUUAGGAUUCCAGCUUCACAGACCCAGUAAAAAUAUUUUCCACUAGCUGUUUCUAGUAGGUGUGUGUGCGCGCGCGAGUCUGUGGUUGUGUCUGUGUCUAUGUAUGUGUGUAUGCAUAUCUGUGUAUCUGUGAGUGUC